AUGGAGCUUUGUACUUGUUUAAAACAAAAGGAAUACAUUAAGGACACACGAGAGAUUAAAGUUGAAGAAGCAGUUGCCAUUUUCCUUAUAAUUGUUGGUCAAAAUGUGCGAAUGAGACUUAUAGUUGACCGAUUUCAACAUUGGCUUGAAACUAUUGAUAGGCACUUCCAUUUAACAUUAAAGGCAAUAUGUAAAUUAGGACAGGAUAUCAUUCGACCAACUCAAUCUCCGUUACCUUCUCAUAUUGUCAACUCCUCAAAAUACUACCCAUGGUUUCAGAAUUGCAUUGGUGCCAUUGAUGGAACACAUGUGAGUGCAUGUGUCCCUACAGAUAAGCAAGUCAGUUACAGAGGCCGAGAAAACGUGGUAACACAAAAUGUCUUGUGUGCUUGUAACUUUGAAAUGUUCUUUACUUUUGUAUCUGCUGGUUGGGAGGGCACUGCAAAUGAUUCCAGGGUGUUUAUAGAUGCAAUUACAAAACCUAUAUAUAAGUUUCCAUUGCCUAAAGAAGGUGAAUAUUAUGUUUUGGAUUCCGGGUUUCCAUGCACAAAAGGUUUUCUCCCACCAUAUCGUGGUGAAAGAUAUCAUUUGCAAGAAUACAAUAGUGGACGUAAUCGACCACGUGGUAUAAAAGAACUAUUCAAUUAUAGGCAUUCUUCUCUUAGGAAUGACAUUGAACGGUGCUUUGGUGUCCUAAAAGCACGUUUUCCUAUAUUGAAGAUGAUGCCACCUUACAAAUUGAGUAGACAACCUUUGAUAGUUCUUGCUUGCUGCACUCUUCAUAAUUUUAUUCGUCAACGCACACAGUAUGAUCAUAUGUUUAGAGAAUGGGAAGAGAAAGAACUUGAGGGUAAAGACAACAUAGAGGAAGCUAACACUAGUGUGUCAAGAUGUGAAGUCAAUUUAUCUGAUGAAUCUGCUGCAGCAAUGGCAAGAUGUCGAGAUCGUAUUGCUCAAGCUAUGUGGACAGCUUAUAAUAAUAUAAAUUAG